AUGCCAACAUGGCCGUAUACAUUGGAGAUCUUGGCAAAGCGGGCCGGCCUUUUUUUCUCUUCGGACUUGAAAUCCACUUCCCCGCGACACACAUCUUCGUGCGGGCAUCGGCUGAACCCCGUUUCAUCUGCCAAGCACCUUCCUGUUUGCACUGGCUGUGAGAUUCAAGCUCUUGAAUCGCAAGCUCCGACGAUCGCAUUCCUCUCGACAAAUUAUUCCCCACUCGCGACUACAACAAGCACCAGUACCGAACAUGGCCAGUCGAGUGAAAUCUGCAAGGUCAUUUUGUGUAUUCGGGAAUCCUCUUUCGGUUCGGACCCCAGUCGGCACCGGAGACUAGAAACAGGUCUGGACCAGAGCUUAAAUCGGGAGUUGAAGUCGUGUGAAUCUCAAUUAAAACGGGAUGAAUCUUCGGACAUCUGCGAAACCGCAGGCGGGGUUGCCUACAGUAGGCUCAAGGACAUCCACUCCGAAAAGCCAGACAAGCGAUUCGCAAAGUACACCACGUCCACGCCGAAAGAAGUCCACGGGUAUCGCAGACACCAAAGCGAAGCGGGACGGUGUCAUAAUUGUCGCAAGUCGAACCGCGUCUGUCGACGUGGUGUUCGCCUCAACUUCAUUGAUAUCCAAAAUGUGGCGCCUCCGCAUGUUGUUGCUCGACCUCAUGGCGCUAAAGUAACAUUUCGCGAUGAUUCGCGCUUGAUCGCGUCCGAGUAUGUGGGAGGUUUUGAAAGAUACCCGCCUAUCCAGCCGGAAAGUCCUGCUGAAGAGCAAAGACUUUUACACCAUAGCUUCGAGGCUAUGGGCUCCGAUGACCUAACGAGUCUUUUCCAAUCUGUUGCUCAUUCAUUUGAUCCAUUAGACUUCGAUGUUCCUCAUCCUGGUAAUGCUGAUUUUGGAACCGAUGUCUGGCAGCAAUCUCAAUUGGUACCGGGAGAUGAGCUCCUUCCACAUGGAACGUCCAACUUCGCCCGGAAGCUGGCAAAAAACGAGGGAAGCCAUUCCUUCAUUACGGACCCUGAGCGAAUGCUUCUUUUCCGUGCUUUUGUCGAACAUGUUGCACCCAGAAUGGAUGCGGUGGAUGAAAUGGAACAUUUCACCCACAUUCUUCCGUGCUACGCUCUCGACGAGCCUAUGCUGCUCAAGGCAUUCUUAGCAUGUGGUGCUAGAAACCUGUCCCUUGUCGAUUCUUCUUACGGGGAGGAAACGGCUAUGCAGCUCUAUGAUGAGGCUACCCAGGAUCUGUUAAACUGUAUUCAUGAUUCUAACCGUGACUCUGUUCUAUGCGCGGCAACGGCCUUGGCCCUCGGCUUUUUUGAAACAAUGUCACCUCUAUCCUCGCAUCGCAGAGCCCAUAUUGCAGGCUCGCGAGCUUUGAUUCGAGAAUGUGGCUGGACUUCGAAGACCCCAGGGCUCGGUGGAGCAUGCUUCAAAAUUAGUAUCAGUGCAGAGCUGCUUAAUUGCAUACGAUACAACUGGAGCCUGUCCUGGGAUCCAAACACUUGGGGGAUUGACAUGAAUAUGGACCAUUGCCAUGCUCCCAGUGAGAGUAGCGAAGAUGCAUGGUCUUAUCGCAUUUUCUAUAUCUGUGCAAAGGUCGUGAUCUUCCAAGCAUCGUUCCGAUCUCAAGAUUUGAGUAACAAUGCAACUGGGGCUACUCAGCUCAAUGAUCAAUUCCAGGAAUGGAGUCUUUAUAACAACUGGUGCGAAAAUUGGGAGAAAUCAGCACCUAGGUCGAUGGCUCCCCUUGGGUACCUGCAGUCCUGGCAGACAAACUCCAAAUCUGCGUUUCCGGAAAUCAUGAUCCAUAAAAGAUCUGCGAUUGUUGCGCGAUUGUUCUUUCAUACAACGCGAAUCUUGCUGUCUAAGUCAAACCCCAUACAGUCAGAAUUCGACGGAGACAUGCGCGAUAUGCAAAGAAACCAUGCGCACGAAAUGUGCGGCCUCAUCGCAUGUAUCAAAGACCGAAGUCUUUCCGAUAUCUUACUACGCUGUCUUGCAAUCGCUGCAGAAUGUCUAGAGACCCGGUCAGCCCAAGAAGAAGUGCUCGGCAUUUUUGAUAUCAUUGCCAAGACGACUACUUCCAACGUCGAAUCUGUCAAAAACGAUCUGAGGCAGAUCUGGAGCUGGGUCGAUGCUCACCCGCAUACGGUGACUCCAGCCCAAAUGCACAACCACUACUACGAACUUGACCCAUCACUAGCAAUCUCUGAAGAUUCUGGUUCACCUUCACGCCUAAGUAACCCGCUUAUAACAGCCGGGGACUUUUCUAUGGAGAAUCAUCCGUAUCAAGGAUACUAUGUACCGCCUCACCAUCACCAUGCUCUUGAUCAGUAUCACUAUGGGGCAUAUCUAAUCUGA